CGCAGAGGGCCGUGGGGAGGCUCCGUCCCCGGGCACCGGCGCAUCCGUAGGAAUCGUCAGGAGGGACACAAUCGAUUGUACAACGACUACUUUGCUGAGUCCGCAGUGUACCCCGACUACAUCUUUCGGCGCAGGUUCCGGAUGAAUCGCGAUUUGUACUGCAAGAUUGUGAGGGAGGUGGAGGAACAUGACCCGUGGUUCAAGCAAAGGAGGAACGCUGCCGGAGAGCUUGGGCUGUCACCCUUGCAAAAAGUAACUGCCGCUUUCCGUAUGUUAGCUUACGAUGCUCCUGCAGAUUCUCUCGACGAGUGCCUCCGUCUAGGGGAGAGCACCAUCAUCGAGAGCAUGCGGCGUUUCGUUCGGGCCAUUGUCGAGGUGUUCGGUGACGAGUACCUCCGGGCGCCGACCGAGGAGGACACAUCUCGAUUGCUGGAUAUGAACCAGCGUCGAGGGUUCCCCGGGAUGCUUGGAAGCAUCGAUUGCAUGCACUGGAGGUGGAAGAACUGUCCCACGGCGUGGUCCGGUUCGUUCAGGGGCCAUGUCAAUGCACCUACUAUCAUUCUAGAGGCUGUGGCAUCGCAGGACCUAUGGAUUUGGCAUGCCUUCUUCGGGAUGCCAGGUUCAUUGAACGACAUCAAUGUGCUGCACCGGUCUCAUCUCCUUGACAACCUUGCUGGGGGAGUAGCACCGAAGGUACAAUACACUAUUAAUGGCCACCAUUAUACAAUGGGGUACUAUCUUGCAGAUGGGAUCUACCCAGAGUGGGCGACAUUUGUGAAACCCAUACCAUCUCCAGUAGGCCCGAAGCAUCAACACUUCGUGGUGCAGCAGGCUGCUGCACGAAAGGAUGUUGAGCGGGCAUUUGGAGUGUUGCAGUCCAGGUUUCCCAUUGUCCGUGGCGCGGCGAGGUUGUGGGAUCAAGAAAUCCUCAGCGACGUAAUGACCGCGUGUAUCAUCAUGCAUAACAUGAUAAUCGAGGAUGAGAGAACGGAAGGUGCUGUCGACUACAUCUACGAGGGUUCGGGCGAGGACGCGGUGCCGUCUCACGAACCAACCCCCCCGCUUGAAGCAUUUAUGGAAAGGUACGGGCAAAUUAGAAGUCGACCAACGCAUCAUCAACUCCGUGACGACAUUGUGGAGCACCUGUGGCAGGUCGCAGGAGGACAAUAGACCUCAUGGCACCUUAAAUAAAUGUAAUAUCGUAUCCUGUUUCAUCGUGUUCAAAUAAAUGUAAUCUCGUCUCGCAUUACAUCGUGUUAAAAAAAUGUAAUCUCGUCUCGCAUUUACAUCGUGUUAAUAAAAAUGUAAUCUCG